CAAAAGUUUAUGUUUCUUGUUAUCAGGCCAGUUAUAUGCUUAAUAGUUAUUUGGUACAAAAACAGAGUAUCACUGGUUGGAACGUUUUUAUAACAUGUUACAGAAUAAAGAUUAAAAAGUGAACAGUUGCAAGUAUUUAAAAAGAGAAUGACUUGGUGUGAUUUGUCGAUGAAAUCGGCAUUGCACAAGAAAGAGCUUUAGCAACAACAGAUAAAAUAAUGUAUUUAUUACUCGAGACUGAUACAAUGUUGUUGUUUCGGAUGGUUGGUUUUAAAUUAAAGCCAUACGAACAAGAGAAACUAUAUUGGGAUAUGUUAAAGAUGUUGAAUGUUUUGGAGCAUGAAAACGACAAUGAAGAAAUGAACAACAACCAUGGUGUUCGUAAUAAACCAAAACCAACUUCUCCAGAUAGUGGUGGAUACGGGAUCUUUUGGGAUGAAUAUAGGUCCAUUGAGCAGAGUAACCCGCAGGUACAACAAGUACAGCCAGAUUGUGAGGACGGAGCCAACAAAAAAGAAGAUAAAGCAGAAAGUGAGAUUCAGUGGUUAAAUGAUGUUGGAUUCACAAACAUUGCUAAAAAAAUUCGAGCAAGAACAGAAAUUGAUCGAAAUGACGAUGAUAUGAAAAUUAUUGCAGCGUCAUUAACUCGUGCUCAAGCGAACGCUGUGAGAAGGAGAAUAGACUCACUUAAUGAAGCUAUUAGACAAAGAAAAGCACAAAAAGAAAUUGUGUAUCCAAGUGAUAAGGCAAAUCGAAGUAAACGAAAAGAUGUGAGAAAUCUUUUCAAUAACACCAGUAAUUCACCAAGUAUUUCCCCAACUGGUCAAAAUGUCCAACAAAUCUCAGAGUAUGACUCAUCAAGUCAAAGGAGACAGAAUUAUAAAGGUCAAAGGUUUAUAAGUGUUCCUGGGCAAAGCAAUAAGCAGAAUACUGAUAUGGAACCCACAUCUAAAGAUGCUUUAAGGAUACCUUCCAAAUCUAACAGAUCUUCCGUUGAUUACAGUUCAACAAAUUUAACGACAGAAACAUACAAAAGGUCACAAAGUAUGGAUUUUCCAAAUCCUGUCUCACCUUCAACGACUAAAGUAUACCAACCAAAUCCUCAAGAAGAUAACUUAGUUCAACGUACGUCAAGUCAAAGUCGUUUAAUAUUCAUGACAGGCGAAGCGCGGGAAAAAUCUUUACAUAAAAGUAGUGACACAAAUUCUCUUACUACUCGUAGACACACAGAUGCUGGGUUAAGGACUCAAAAUUUUAGUAACAAUGAUCAACGUAAGAAAAGCGCUGCACAGGAAUACACUCUGGAAAAAACACACCGUAAAACACAGUCAAGUGAUGGGUUAGUUAAUAAUUAUCACCUUCAAGGUAAUGCAGUUAUAGCAACUCAUAUAGAACGUGAAACGCCAAAUAAAAAUUUCGUACCUGGAGGUGAGAAACGAUUGGUAAUUGUAGAUAGUAAGUAUAUAAAUGUAUCAUCAGUUGAAAAUACGUACAAUAAUAUGCAACAUAAUAAUAAUAAUCGUAUAUCACAAAGGACUCCUGAAGAAGAACGGGAUAUUUUCAAUAAUGCUCGUCAAUUACAUAUGCCAAUUUGUGAAAAUAAAAAGAGCCAUUCUAAUUAUAAUUUGCCUGCUCCUCCAAAGGAAAAGCCUGUAGACCUUAUAAUUGAAAAAGAUAAAAUGGACCUUAUAAUUGAAAAAGAUCAAAUUAUACCAGUAAAAGAUAAAAGACAUUCUAAUAAAGACGCAGUUCCACCCUCUAACGGGGAAGCACCCAAAAAGGGGGAUAAAAAGGAGCAUAAGCAUAAGCAUAAAUCAAGACCUAAUAAACCUGGGAAAACACCAAAACGAGCUAGUUCAGAUAAGCCAAAACCAGUUACAGAUAAUCAAAUAGACUUAAAACUAAACAAAACUGUCAGUGCUCCAUUAUCAGAACCUGUAAAAGAAAAUGGAACUUGCAUUGGUAGUGACGAUAGCAAAAGUUUAUCCAGUUUAGCCAGUUUAGGCUCCUCGGAUGAUCUUCAAAUUUCUCCCUCUGUAACCGAUAACAAAAAUUUUUCCACCAUAUAUGAUAAAAAAAUAGAGACACCAAAAAAUGUGCAUGUGAAAGUGGAGUCUUCAAGACCGAUAAAUACCCAUAAUCAUGUGGAAAGAGUUACAACAAAUGGGAGUCAUGCUGAAACUGAAGCUCCUCGUAAUGAGUCACCUGGUGCAGGACUGGAUGGGGAUGCAAAAUUGAAUGUUGAUGGAUCACUUGGUUCACCUCAAGAUUUACCCAGUGCCAUGGAAGCAGUACCAGGACCAAAUUUUCCUCCCUUACCUAAUUUUACUUUAACACGUGAAGAACUGGGUAAAACACACAUUGGUGAUUUAGCUGAUGAAGACAUGGUGAAAGUGCGAUCGUUAGCUUUACUUGAGCUGACAGCUUUGUUUGAUGCAUACGCUAUUCCAAUGAACAGAAGAAAAUGUCCAACAAAGCAAAAAUACAAAGAUCAAGGAAUGUUUGGAGUUCCCCUCGCUGUUUUAAGCCAACGGGAAGAAAGUAAGAAAGACCCUGAUGUAAAAGCUCCACGGAUAUUUCGAGAGAUGCUAGCUUAUCUUGAAAAGUAUGGUUUGAAAGAAGAAGGGAUUUUAAGAAUACCAGGAUCCACUCCUCGUGUAAAGUCUUUUCGCGAAGAAUGCGACAAAAAUAAUUGGGAUGGGCUGAACUGGGAAGGGAAGAAAGUGAGCGAUAUAUCGACGUGUUUAAAGCAGUUUCUGAGAGACCUACCCAUACCUCUCUUGAGUCAUGAGUAUCAGAACACUUUUACAUCUGUAGCAAAUUUACCGAAUCGAAAAGUUCAGUUACAAGCUUUAAAUCUUUUGGUAUUAUUGUUACACCCGGUGCAUCAAGAAACUCUUAAAUUACUUCUUAUAUUUCUUCAAAAAAUCACACACAACGAAGUGAAAAACAAAAUGGGUUUAAGUAAUGUCGCGAUGAUUAUGGCUCCUAACCUGUUCUUUCAAAACAACGCCAAAAUCAACAUCGACGAAGCGCAAAAAGCUGCUGGCAUGACAGACGUACUGCGCAUGCUUAUAAAAUACCAAGAAAUAUUAUGGACUAUUCCUGCAUUUAUGGUUGGUCAAAUACGUUAUUUAUACGAAGCAGGAGCCAAGACAAAGGAUCCAAAGGCUGUACGUAGGAUAAUUGCAAAGCGUUUACGAAACGAAGGGACGACGACUCCUCGAGGCAAGUCGUCAGGAAGUAGUGGAGAAGAGUUGGAUGAAGAAAGUUACAUCGUACGAGUGAAAGCGCCUAGUUUAAACAAACAAAGUAUGGCUAUUCAGUUAUCAGAAGUGACGACAGCAGCAGACGUCAUUGCGAAAUUUCAAUGGCGACGGCAGAAUAGUCAAAAAGAAAAGGAUGAGAUAGAUCACAGUAGACUGAGUAUCAAUCGAAGUAGUAAAAAGAAAGAUUCGAAUUUAGAAUUGUAUCUAUGUGAAGUUGGUGGAAAUAUUGGUGAAAGACGCUUAGACCCUGAUGCAAAUUUGUCGGCUAUUUUGAAAGAAAACCCCAACGCUGAAUGGGUGUUAAAAGGCCGUGUGAAAAGGUGAGAUAGAGCGGUAAAGUUUUAACGCCUUUUAAUACCUCACCCCCCGGCAGUGAAGCCGCCAUAAUACGAAAUCUGUUACGAAUCCACCUUAAAUCUUGACGUACAUCAGGACAGACGAGUCGUUCCAAAAAAGACGUCAGUCGAGAAUAGAUCGCAUUUGUAAAUAAACAAAUCACGUCGCGUUUUUUUUUUGCUGGUACAAGCCAACGCGUCGCCAACUAUAUUGGCCAUAACAUUAGAAAAAGUUUUUGCUACAAAUUUUAUAAUUUUUAAUUGAAGGAAACGUAAUUUUUUUAAAUUGACAACAUCUUUUUUUCACACACAUGUUGUACCCCUCCCUGUUCUGUCGUUUUUUUUUCGUUUUUUUUUCGUUUUUUUUAAUUUAUUUUUUUAAUUCUUGUACACGCAAGAUAGAAACCAGACAUUUGUAUACAACAAGUUUCAAGAAGCAAAACUUUAAUCCGUUAAUCUAAAUAAUUUCCACGUCAUUACAACGUGACCUAGUUGUCUGACACGUUGACAAGUUUUGACAAUUUAAACGUUUCUAAUAAAUUAUUGUUAACCCUUCGUUGCGUAACUUAUAAUCUAUUCAGAAGGCUUAGUGUAGAUACUGUAUUUAACUUCUGUAUGUAAAGUUUUGAUAUUUUUUGUUGCUGUUUUUUCUUUUGUACAUCAGUAAUAUAAUAAUAUAUGCGCGAUGUUUUGGUCUCAUAAUAUAAUUUAUUCAUACC